GGGCGGAGUUACAGUCCGCUGACAUUUCUAGUUGUUGGUAAAAAUGACUGUGAAAGCCUGCGGCAGGUAAAAUACCCAGCGUCUUUUUUUCAUCAUGACAGCUGUUUAGAAAAAAUACUCCGGAGCACAAACUGUUACAAUAACGAACCAAGUAAAAACUUUCAACGUGGUGUACAGGUCAUCCACCGUGAGCCAUGGAUACCACCACCUCCCUGAAGAUGGCGUCUCUGGCUGUCCAGAGUCUGUUCAACUAUGUGGAGGAGGAGGACCUGCCUGCCAUUAUAGCACACUUGGAGAAGUUCAGGGAUGUGGACAGCAGAAGUGAUAAUGGACAAACCCCCCUGAUGGUCGCAGCAGAGCUGGGCAACCUGGAAAUAGUGCAAGAGUUCAUUAGGAGAGGAGCCAACGUUGAUCUGGACGAUGUUGACUGUUGGACUGCACUGAUCUCAGCAGCUAAGGAGGGACACAUCGAGGUGGUGAGGGAGCUGCUGGAGAACCAUGCCAACUUGGAACACAGAGACUUGGGAGGAUGGACUGCUCUCAUGUGGGCAGCUUACAAGGGCCGGACAGAUGUGGCCGAGCUUCUUUUAGAAAAAGGGGCCAACCCCAACAUUACUGGACAGUACAGUGUCUACCCCAUCAUCUGGGCGGCAGGUCGUGGUCACGCAGAGAUCGUGCAUCUUCUGCUGCAACAUGGAGCCAAGGUUAACUGCUCAGACAAGUAUGGUACCACUCCUUUGAUCUGGGCUGCCAGGAAGGGUCACUAUGACUGUGUGAUGCACCUUUUGGCCAAUGGUGCCGAUGUGGAUCAGGAAGGAGCUAACUCAAUGACGGCUCUGAUCGUGGCAGUGAGAGGCGGUUACACCGAGGUGGUGAAGGAGCUGCUGAAGAGGAACCCCAACGUCAACAUGACAGACAAGGAUGGGAACACAGCUCUAGCUAUUGCUGCCAAGGAGGGGCACACAGAAAUCGUGCAGGAUUUACUCGAUGCAGGAACCUACGUUAAUAUUCCAGAUAGGAAUGGAGAGACGAUGCUGAUUGGAGCUGUGAGAGGAGGUCAUGUGGAGAUAGUGCGAGCUUUGCUGAACAAAUAUGCUGAUGUAGACGUCAGGGGCCAGGAUGGAAAGACUGCCCUCUACUGGGCAGUGGAGAAAGGCAACGCCAUCAUGGUGAGGGACAUCCUGCAGUGCAACCCCGAUACAGAGAGCUGCACAAAGGAAGGAGAAACGCCGCUUAUCAAAGCUACCAAAAUGAGGAACAUAGAAAUAGUGGAACUGCUGCUUGAUAAAGGAGCCAAAGUGUCUGCAGUGGACCGGAAAGGGGACACACCCCUCCACAUUGCCAUCCGUGGACGCAGCAGAAAACUGGCUGAACUGCUGCUUAGGAACCCCAAAGAUGGGCGCCUGCUGUACCGCCCCAACAAAGCAGGAGAGACCCCUUACAACAUUGACUGUACCCACCAGAAAAGCAUCCUGACACAGAUAUUCGGAGCAAAACACCUCUCUCCCACUGAGUCCGAUGGAGACAUGCUGGGUUAUGACCUGUACAGCAGUGCUUUAGCAGACAUCCUGAGUGAGCCCACCAUGCAGCCCCCCAUCUGUGUGGGCUUGUAUGCUCAGUGGGGCAGCGGAAAAUCUUUUCUUCUUAAAAAACUGGAGGAUGAGAUGAAGACAUUUGCAGGGCAGCAGAUUGAGCCGCUGUUUCAGUUUUCCUGGCUGGUGAUCUUCCUCACUCUUCUUCUUUCCGGGAUGGUGGCGGUUGUCCUGGGUUUUACCGUUGAUCACAAGUUAGCUAUCGCCGUCUCCCUCAGCCUCCUCGCCUUGCUCUACAUCUUUUUUGUGCUGGUUUACUUUGGAAGCCGCCGGGAGCGAGAGAGCUGGAGGUGGGCGUGGCUUAUCAGCACUCGGCUGGCCCGUCAGAUCGGUUACCUGGAGCUGCUGCUUAAACUGAUGUUUGUGAACCCUCUGGAGCUUCCUGAGCAGACCACGCGUGCGCUGCCUGUGAGAUUCUUGUUCACGGAUUAUAACCGCCUGUCCAGCGUUGGAGGUGAGACCUCCUUGGCUGAGAUGAUUGCCACACUCUCCGACGCCUGCGAGAGGGAGUUCGGCUUCUUGGCCACCAGGCUCUUCAGGGUUUUUAUGAAUGAUGAGAUCAAAGGACAAAAAUGGAAGAAGACCUGCUGCAUUCCCUCUUUUGUGCUGUUUUCCUUGACAGUUUGCUGCCUGAUCACUGGAAUGGCUCUGCUGGUUAUCUUUAAGGUGGACCCUGAGAAUAUGACGGUGAACGCGGUGCUGAUCGCCAUGGCCAGCGUGGUGGGCCUGGCGCUGCUGCUCAACUCUAGAACAUGGUGGCAGGUGGCCAUCUCCGUCCUAAACUCCCAAAGGAAGCGUCUGCACAGUGCUGCCAACAACUUACACAAACUCAAAAGCGAAGGAUUUAUGAAGGUUCUCAAGCAUGAAGUGGAAAUGAUGUCCAAAAUGGCCAAAACAAUCGACGGCUUCACCCAGAACCAGACCCGGAUGGCCGUUAUCAUUGAUGGACUAGACGCCUGUGAACAGGACAAAGUACUGCAGAUGCUGGACACGGUGAGGGUUCUCUUCUCUAAGGGCCCUUUCAUCUCCAUCUUUGCCAGCGACCCUCAUAUCAUCAUAAAAGCCAUCAACCAAAACCUCAACAGUGUGCUGAGAGACUCCAACAUCAACGGACAUGACUACAUGAGAAACAUCGUCCACCUGCCGGUGUUCCUGAACAGCCGCGGAUUCAGUACAGCCAAGAAGCUCUUCAUGGCGACCGCUACCAGUGGAGAGGCUCUGCCCACUGAGGGAUCGCUGGAUGAGGAGAACCGCAAGUUGUCCCAGAACAGUCUGGCUCAGGAUCAGGGCAAGCUGGGCAGCAGGAACACUCUCAACCGAAGGGACACAUAUCGCCGCCGUCACAUGCAGAGAACCAUCACCAGACAAAUGUCCUUUGAUCUGACCAAGCUCCUGGUGACCGAGGAUUGGUUCUGUGACAUCAGUCCGCAGACGAUGAGGAGACUUCUCAACAUCGUUUCCAUCACUGGUCGAUUGUUGAGAGCCAAUCAGAUAAUCUUCCACUGGGAUCGUCUGGCAUCGUGGAUCUACCUAACAGAGGAGUGGCCCUACAGGACAUCAUGGAUCAUCCUUUUCCUGGAAGAAACAGACGCAGUAUCGGAUCAGCACACGCUUAAGAAUGUCUAUGAGAGAAUCUCCAAAAAUAUUCCCACCACCAAAGACGUGGAGCCUCUGCUUGAAAUCGAUGGAGACAUCCGAAGCUUCGAGGUCUUCCUCUCGUCCAGGACGCCUUUUCUUACCCCCAGAGAUGUGGAGAUGUUCCUGCCCUGUACUGUCAACCUGGACCCCAAACUCAGAGAGAUCAUAGCAGAUGUCCGUGCAGCUAGGGAGCAGAUGCACAUGGGCGGAGUGACGUUUCCCACGCUGCCCCUGCAGGAAGCAGCGCCCCGUCACCAGCCGGGGUACGGCCAGCCCUCCGCCGCCUGCUCCCCCACUGGCUCCUUCGCCGGGUCUCUGCCUGCUCAACCCCACAGCUCUUACUUUAGCGGGAUGACCGGGCCUCAGCACCCCUUCUACAACCGGCCUUAUUUCCCCCAUCACGUGUAUCACCUACCUCGCCAUUUUUCACACCACGCCCCUCCACCCUCGCGCCCCACCAUUAAACCACCCGGUCAAGCCCAGGACACCAGUGGACUUGAUGUUAUUGCAGAGGAUGCCAGAGAAGGCCUCCCCUGGAGCCCCUCAGACCCCAUUGUGGUGGGUCCAGCUGUCAUGCUCAGCUCUUUGAGCACGGAGGCGGUGUGUGAGCGCCUCAAACAGACGGAUGGGAUCGACCCCAACAUGUUGCCUCAAUACACAGCCACCAUCAAAAAGGCUAAUAUAAACGGUCGAGUCCUCCUUCAUUGCAACCUGGACGAGCUGAAGAAAGAGAUGGAGAUGAACUUUGGGGACUGGCAGCUCUUCAGAGGAAUGGUGAUGGAGCAGCGGUAUGCUGAAAGCCAGGCGGCAAUCCAAGACGAGUCUCGAGCUGCUAGUGAGCAAGGCAGCAGCCUGCUCCACGGGGAGCCCAGCAGACGCGCCGGGGGUCCCCAGCGUGAAACCUUCAGCCUCAACCUGAGCUUUGAGGAGCUCAGCGGCGCGGGGGUGGAGGAGCCUCCGAGGCGCAGCAACAACUCCCACUGGCCGGUGGCAAAUCACCGCACUUCAAGCAUGUCCAGCCUCAACUCCCAGGAAUCCUCCAAUGACAUCUGUAAGCUGACAGACAAGCAGCAGGCUGAGUACCGGGACGCCUACAGGGAGUACAUCGCUCAGAUGGCCCAGCUGGAGAUGUCCGGCAGCGGGGGGGAGAGGCCUGUGCAGCCCCACCCGGGGCAGUUUCUGCUGCCGGCUGGCAGCUCCGAGGACAAAGGGGUUAAGGAGGGAAGUGACCAAGACGGUCGCAAGUCCUUCAGCAAGCGGGCCUCGAAGAGCAUCGAGGCCCCCGAUGCAGACGCUCCGCUUCUGGACCCCAUCAGCGAAGAAGACGAGAAGCUCGACAACAGCUUGUACUUUAAGAGGAAAGGAGCCGGGGCGCUCUACCAUGAACUGCCCAAUGAGGAAGACUCUGGCUCAGAGGAAGCGGACAACACCACACCUCUGCUUUCUAAAGCCUGCCCUCCCCCCUCCCAUGGGGGCGCUCAGCCUGUCGGGCUGCUGCCCAAGCCGGGCUUCCUUGCAGAGAUCCUCCUGGACAAGAAGGACUCGUCGGAUUCAGGCAUGCGCUCCAGCGACAGCUCCUCUGACCCCUCCUUCGAGGAGGCGAUGGACGACUCCACCAAAGAGGGAGAAGCUCCGAAACCCAGCCUGAUCGAGCUGGAGCUGGAGGGUCUGGUGAAGAAGAGGGGCCUCCUCCCCAGCAGCCUGAGCGGCCUUCAGGAAGCUACGGUGGCCCGCAUGUCCAUCUGCUCCGACGCGCCAUCCGAAGCCAGCCUGAUGGCCAGCAGCCCGGAUGAGGGAUGGCCCGCCAACAGGGUCGCCAACCUCAACCACACCUCCAUCGACGCCGCCCUCAAUAACAACACCAACAACAGCCGUCAGCAGCAGGAGGGCGGCACAGAAUCCUCUACCGGCAUCAUCAUCAUCCCCGGCAGCAGCAGCACCGCCACCGCCGCCACCGUCCACCACAACCACAACCUGUGCUCCAUCAGUCUGGGAGAUGAGAGGGAGAGCGUCCUCUAGGACGGCCCGCAUGCGUCCAUGUCCCAAAACGUAGAUCGGUGGUGUCGUGUUAGAAAACCUGAGUCGUGCUUUGGAAAAUCCCUCCAGUCAGAACGUUUCGUGAAAGAAAACCAGAAAAAGCUUUUGUGUUUUGACAGUUUGGUGGCUCUCUCAACCGUUUCCUGGUAGAAUGUUACAGUUCUAGAGUCAAAUGUGUUUGUAGGUAGUUUAAAAAAAUAAAAGUAAGAAGCCUUGCAGUGUUACUGAAGCAUUUCACUCGUGACGUAGAUUGUGUUGUUUUUUUAUUGUAAAACCAUUUCGUCUUUGCAUGCAGCAAAUAAACAUUCAAUUCUUAAAAA